AUGCCUAUCAGCGACGAUGAAUACGAAUACUCCAGAAACAUGCAAGAACCGCAGACAACAAUGUCAAAAGCAGAGCUAAGAAAAACACACAAACCAAUAAUGGAAAAACGCAGAAGAGCGAGAAUCAACCACUGUCUUAAUGAUAUCAAAAGUCUUAUUUUGGAAGCUAUGAAUAAAGACCCUGCCCGUCACUCAAAACUAGAAAAAGCUGACAUCCUAGAAAUGGCAGUUAAACACCUCCAAAACACUCAAAGACAACAACUGGCAAUGGCAAUGGCUACCGAUCCAUCAGUGCUACGCAAAUUCAAAAGUGGUUUUAACGAAUGCUCAAAAGAAAUCGAUAAAUAUAUUUCCACGUUAGAUGGAGUUGAUUCAGCUAUGAAACAGCGAAUUUCAGCUCAUUUACAGAAAUGUAUUGGUGGUAUUGAGCAAGUAGCCCAAUUUAAUUUUCCUGGAUUCAAUAAUUUACCAUUUUUGUCCAACGCUUCUAACAUAUUUAGCCAGCAGAAGUUAAAUGAAAGUAUUAAUGUUGGGGAUCAAAAUAACAACCCCAGGAUUCAAAUCCCACAAGGAAUUCAAUUGAUACCAAGUAGAUUACCAAGUGGAGAAUUGGCUUUGCUUCUUCCAAAUUCAAGUAACUUACCUUACUUUCCACAAGUGAACCAACAACAAAAUAACUUCCAAAAUAGAAACAGUGCUUUUGCUGCAGUAGUACCACACUCCGAAACAACUUCCAAACCAUUAAGUCCACCAAUGAGCCCCAUACAAAUCCACGAAGAUUUACCGAGAUAUCAAUCACCACAAGGUUUUAGACCAGUCCAAAAACAAUACCACGAGGACCACCAAGUACCACAAAUUUCAUCCACCAUAACCAUCGCUGAUAAACAUACCUUCAUACAACCAGAAGUUAAAACCAUGAAAUUCCCCAUACUAAAAACCUUCGAAAAACCCAGGGAAAAUCCAAAAAAAAUCGCAGAGCCUCUCUGCAUUAUAACCAACCACAACGAACGCUACAAGCAAGCCCAAACAAAAGAAGACUCCGCUCAUUACGAAGAAAACCAUCCACAAUAUGGAGUCAAAAGGAAGCACAGUGAAACCGUUUCAAAUCUGUUAACAUUUGCUGAUUUUCCAACGCAACCCACAAAAGUACUUAAAAUGUCGCCAAGUUUUCGCAGGGAAAGAGAAUGUUCAUCGUCGAGUUACCAGAGGGUUGUACCAGAGGAAGACCGUAACGCACCAGCGGAUAAUGGAGAUAUGUGGAGACCCUGGUGAUUUGAUGAAAUCGAUUUCCU